ACUCAACAGAAUAUUCCGGAUAAACCGAAUGUCAAUUGUCAAAUAAAUAUUUUAUGGCAUUCCUGACCAAUCUAGAAAACGCCUUUUCCUGCCGCUUUAUUUUGUUUUAACUAAGAAUUAUUUAAUAUUUGAGUAUUUAAUAAGAAGUUCUACAUCAAUAAUGGUGGACUACAGUAAAUGGAAAGAUAUUGAGAUAUCAGAUGAUGAAGAUGAAACUCAUCCGAACAUCGACACUCCGUCUUUGUUCCGCUGGCGGCACCAAGCCCGAGUGGAACGUAUGGAGGAAAGAAGGCGCGAGAAAGAGGAACACGAGCAACGAAAAGCCGAAAAUAUUAGAAAACUAGCUGAAACAAAAAAGAAAAUCGCGGAAGCAUCUACAAACAGCACUGACCUUGACUCUUUGAAGAAGGCUCUCGCGGAUCUCGAAAAAGAGGAAAGAGAGAUUAAAGCAAAAGAAGAUGAUUUGAAAAAGAAAGAGAAGAAAACUCCCUGGAAUGUAGACACUAUCAGUGAACCAGGUUUUACUAAAACAAUAAUAAACGCAAAAGCUACACGGCCGAAGGACGAAAACCUAACUGAAGAAGAGAAGGAAGCAAAAAUGAAAAAGUUUAUAAAGGAUAAUGAGAGUUUUUUGAAGCAGUUUGGUAUGUUGCGACGUUAUGAUGACUCGAAGCAGUUCCUUCAGACACAUAGUCAAUUAGUAUGUGAAGAAACAGCUAACUAUCUUGUUAUUUGGUGUAUAAACUUGGAAAUGGAAGAGAAACAUGACCUAAUGGCUCAUGUAGCGCACCAAACUAUCUGUAUGCAGUAUAUAUUGGAGUUGUCUAAGCAAUUGGAUGUUGAUCCAAGAGCCUGUGUGGGCUCGUUUUUCUCCAGAAUUCAAGUGGCUGAAAAAACAUACAAAGACUCCUUUGAUGAUGAGCUGGAACAAUUUAAAGCCAGAAUUAAGAAGAGAGCGGCAGAGAAGAUUCAAGAGGCAAUUCGUGAGCAGGAAGAGGAGGAAAGAAAGGCAAGGCUUGGACCAGGAGGGUUAGACCCCGUUGAAGUUUAUGAAGAGCUCCCUGAUGAAUUGAAAAAAUGCUUUGAUGCACAAGAUGUUCCAUUGCUUCAAGCAACCAUUGCUAAAAUGCCAGAACAGGAGGCUGUUUAUUACAUGAAGAGAUGUGUAGAUGCUGGUUUGUGGGUUCCCGGAAAGAAUGAUGAAGAAGCAACAAUGAAAGACAAUUCAUCACCCACUGAGCAGAAAAAAGAUGAACCCCCUUCGAUUAGCACUGAAGAUUUAGACUGAUUAGUAUUAUAUAAUUUCUCAAGGCAUUUCAGUUUUAAUACACACAAAAAUAAUAUUCUCACAUUAUUCUAACUGCAGUGCUAUACUAGAUUCUAAGAAACUAUUAUCUAGGUCUAAAACGAAAUUAAUUCCAUUGUAGAGAUCCAGGUGAUGAUCAGACAUUUGAUCAUUUAGAGUACAAGUACUAACUUACCUUGAUAUAAAAAUCUGCUUUAUAUUUAGUAGUCAGAUUUGCACAGAGAGUUUAUUAUCAAUUUUUUUAAUUAUUUUAGUAGCGUUAUAAGCUAGAAUUACUUUCUGUCAAUCUGCUACAUAGUGAACAAGAACACCACAACUGUGUUAUUAGUUAUGUACAUAACAAUGCUGAAUAUGAACAAUAAAGAGUUUAUUAUGCCUGAUAUUUUA